CACACACACACACUCCCCAGCUGAACUACAAGCUCCGCGAUCAGAGUAGCAAUGAGAGGAGAGACCACUCCUACGAGCGGAGGGCAAAAGUCCGGGCUGAACGAGCAGUGCACCUGCAACGCCAUUCGCAAUGACAACCUGAUAUGGUCGGGAUUACUGUGCGAGACUUACAUUAAACUUGACGUCUCUUCUCGCUGAGCGCGUUUCCCCUCUCAGAAGGACCGGCUGUGUAUUUUUGGCUGUGUUUGUGGCUGAUGUGGUUCGGGAUGGUGCGCAUCGCAGAUAGUGACCUGUUUCCUCCUGGCCUGGAGAAGGACACGGAGACUUGCUCCAUUGUUUUUGUCUAGCAACCAGGCAGAGAAGAGUAUGCUAGACAAGGCAUCAGCUGUUGUAUGGUGACCGGAGACAAGACAAGAGCCUGCUUUAUGAACGCUUCUUUAGCAGAUACAUCAGAGACUUGCAGUCAGAGAUACAACAGUGUACCGCUUGACUAGAGAAUGAAUAGUACGCUUGGCCUGCCACAAUGCUUAGCAUUCACACCUGUCGGGAAAGAUGCAGUUUGCUCUAAAUCUUCAAGAAAACCACCAAACUUCAAUAGCCAACAGCAACUUAAGCCAAGAAAGAGGAGGAGGAACACUGUCAGGAGGCUACUAAAGCUGAACACCUCUGUCCUGGUGGAUCACUCAUGCAUUGACAGCUAGAGACAUUUUGCCUAUGAAAUAACCUCAGAGAGACCUUGCAGGCAAACUGGCAGUAGACUUCUUUUUUUUUUUUUUAAAUCAGGGGCUAAGUUGGACGGCUGUCCAGGCCCAAGGCCACAACACUGAUAGAUCAGCAAUUUAGAAGAGUCUGGACUGCACCUGUCAGCGACAUCACAAAACCAAAGAGGAAAACUUUCCAAGGAGCCGCUGCAUAUCAAAAUCGAAAGUACUCUAGCCAGGUGUCCUUUCACAGUUGGGACCUGUCCUGACCACCAUUAGCAGCAAACAUCAUGUCAGAGCUGGAGGACUAUUCCCCUCCGAGGGGCCACCCCCAUCCUGACCCGGCUCGCAUCCAGCAGAACCUCCUGGAGGAGCAGGUGGAGCUCUGGUGGUUUAAUGAGCCACGCAAAUCCUUAUUAUGCUACUGCGCCUCAGUGGCCUUGAUCUUAGGUUGCGGACUGGGUGGCGUAGGCCUUCUUUCCACCACCACCAGCCUUUCCAGCGAGUGGCGGCUGGGCGCCGGAACCACUCUAUGCCUUCUCGCUCUGGCCGUCCUCCUCAAGCAGUUGCUGAGCUCUGCUGUCCAGGACAUGAACUGCGUGCGCAGCAGGCGCCGGAUCAACAUGCUAAAAAGCGGCGGUUUAUCUGAUGUCAUCAUCAUGUUUAUCACAGGAAUCUCUCUACUCAUCUGUGGAGCUGUGCUCCUAGACGUGGCCUUGGCCUAUCACAUGCCCAAACCCGGCAAGGCGCUGAAUGACAUGUACAUAUCUGGGGUGGUGAUGCUGGUGGGUGGGAGUUUCACAGUGUUAGUGGUCAGCGUUUAUGCCGCAGUUGUUUUUCUCUUAGAGAGGACAGGGCAGGGACAAAGACGGUGGGAGAGGACAGUGGGGAUCUUCAGCAUUUCAGGCCAGAUGCAGGCAAGGAGAAGAGAGACUGCUUCGAGUCUGGCUCAUCUGAUUUAAACGUGGCUACAAAAUAAAUACGCCAUUCUUUUACUGAAGAGGAACUAAAAUGCUCUCAAAGAAACUUUGCACUUAUUAAACUAAUCACCUGUGACAUUUACAAUUGCAUUUCACAAACAAAUUGAUUUACAGUUCAAGGCUCAAGGUUUCAGACAUUAAACCAUUGAGGGUUUAGGCACAAACUUUUAUGCCUCACUCCAAUAAAGUACAGUAAAAAGUACUUCAAAAGCACAAAAACAAUCUAAAGUUUGAUCUUUAAUGAAAUGAUUUUAGGUAAAACAUGCUGCUUUCUUUUUAAUGCUAUUGGACAACAACAUUACUGUGUGUGUGUACUGUAUGUGUCAUGGCUUAAAUUAUGCGAGUAAAGGUGAGCAUACCGAGUGAUUGUCCAUCUGGAGAUGUCUUCAGCUUUUCAGCGCCUCUGAUAUGUAUGCGUGUGUGAGUGUGUGUGCGCGUGCGUGAAUCGACCGCCUGUCAUUUUGCAUGCCUGUGAUUUUACACUACAACUACAACUUGUGCAGGCGAAACUAUGGAUCAAAUAAAAUAUCAGAAUGUCAAUCUGGA